AUGGAGCGCCAUGCUCUGCCCUCUGGUGGUGUGAUGGGAGACGGAGUGCAGGGCUGCCUCCGAGCCCCUCUUAGUAAGAUGGCCAUCGAGACAAUUUUCAUUUGGUCAAGCAGUCAGAUAGUCACCAUUGGACCAGUAGUGGCCGAGCUUGUGGCCUCCAUCGUGUGUAAUAAUGGUGCUACGUUUGUGGUCGUCCCCUCCCACAGUCUGUCCUCCUGUCAGACGCCGCGCUGCAGCCCCACCCAGGCACUUCCCUCACUCUGCCAACGCUCCGAAGGGGACGACAUUGCAACCAAGAGAGUGUCAGAGAUGACACCAUCCACAACACGAGCUGGCAUCAAAAGACCUGUCACCCAGGAGGACAAAGAAUGGGCUCAGGCAUCCUUGUUACAGCUUGGGCGUUUUACAGGGAUGGGGUGGAUUUUGAGUCCAGAGACACCUCAGACUCUCCCAAUCAAGAUGUUUGAUGGGCUGGUGACCAGCCCAGGUUUUGUCCAAGCUGAGGACAAGGCUCUAUAUGUGCUGUCAAUGCUUGCUGUCAAUGAUCAGGAGAAGCAGCAGAUUGAGGAAGCAACUGUUGGCCAGGCUAAGAACUCAUUAUGGUUUACAUAUCGCAAGAAAAGGAUAACAGCAAGUAACUUUGGUUUGGUCUUGGCAGCAGUCAAGCGGAAGUCUUACCCGCCUUCCUUAUUCAAAACCCUGCUUGGCCAGUACAACCUCAAAGAAGGAUCUAAAGCAUGUGAUUGGGGAAUCCUGCAUGAGCCAAGGGCAAAGCAGGAAUACACUGAGCGCACUGGUGUUGUUAUACAAGAGAGGGGACUGUUCCUGUCUGAUAGUGGCCUGCUUGGUGGAUCUCCUGAUGGCACGGUGUUUGGAAACUGCGUGAUUGAAGUCAAGUGUCCGUGGUCAGCCAGAACCAAGACUAUCCUGCAGGCAGCGGAGAGUAGGGACUUUUUCAUGGAGUUCGAUGAAGUGGUUGGUUCCCUGACACUAAAACAAAGUCACAACUACUGGCAUCAGAUCCAGGGAAACCUGCACCUGACCGAGCCAACAGCUGUCACCUGCUUGUGUGGACACCUCUUGACCUUGUCAUUCUGCCAGUGCUCAAAGAUCCUACAUGGGCUGUGA